CAUAGUUCUGUAUUGUGAGCUUUCUGACCCUACAGCUCCAGUCCACUGGUACAAAAAUGGGGUGGAAUUACAGACAAUGGAGGGCCUUCACAUCCAGUCAGAAGGCACCAUGAGACGAAUAGUCAUCCAAUCAGCAGAGUUCUCACAUUCAGGAGUGUACUGCUGUGAUGCCAUUGACGAUGUCAUCAGGUUCAAUGUGGAAGUAGAAGCAUCCCCAUCUCCUGUGGGAAUUACCAUACUUCGUGAGGCUGACAGGACCAAGUCUGUUGAAGUUGGUCAGCCCAUAGUGCUACAGUGUGAACUGUCAGAUCCUGACACUCAAACAACUUGGUUUAAGGAUGGAAUCAUACUCCAUGAGGAAGCUGGGCAUAAACUGCUGGCAGAUGGUUCCAUGAGAACACUGGCUAUUCAAGCCGCUAUGCUCUCUCAUGCUGGGGUUUACAGCUGCAAGACAACAGACGAUGCAGUCCAAUUUCAUGUGGAUGUCAAAGCUCCUCCUCAGACGUUUGCAGCCAUAAUGGAGGCUGACCAAAAAAUGACAGUGACAACUGGCUCUCCUAUAGCCCUAAAAUGUGAGCUGUCAGACCCCGCAGGACAAGUCAGUUGGUACAAGGAUGGAACAAAACUCUUGUCUGAAAGUGGAGUUGACAUCCAGUCACUUGGGAAUUUAAGGAGCCUAGUAGUCCCUUCUGCUGAGCAAGCUCACACGGGUGUUUACCGCUGCGAGUCAAAGGAUGAUGACAUCCAUUUCUCUGUGGAAGUGAAAGCGUCCCCUGUGAAGUUCUUGGAACUGCAAGAAAAUGCCAGAAACACAUCUGUCCAAGAAGGCAGUCCUCUUGCUUUGAGCUGUGAACUUUCUCACGAUCCCUCUACUCCUGUCUGCUGGUCCAAAGAUGGGGUUCAAAUCCUACCUGAGAAAAACAUGGAAAUACAAUCGGAUGGUCUGACAAGGACCUUGCUCAUCCCCUCUGCUCAAAAGAUACAUUCUGGUCUAUAUGAAUGUUCAACGUCAGAUGACGCCAUCACUUUUCAUGUGAACAUAAAAGGCCAAAUGCCACAGAUUAUCCCAAUUCCACCAUCAGAAAAACACAAGGUGGUUGGAAUCGGUUGUCCAAUUAUCCUGCAGUGCGAGGUCUCAGACCCUGCCGCACAGGUUUCCUGGUGCAAAGACGGCACUGAGCUUUUUAGCAAAACAGGCUUUGACAUGAAAAGGCAUGGCAGGUUGAGAAAGUUAAUGAUACACUCAGCUAAAGCCUGUGACUCUGGCGUCUACGACUGUAGGCUCCUUGAUGAUACUGUGACAUAUCACGUGGAUGUCAAAGCUGCUCCAGUGAUGCUUUCAACACUGCCAGACAAAACAAGAAACACAUUUGUUGAAGCAGGCUGCCAAGUUAAAAUGCAGCGUGAGGUGUCAGAACCAGCUGCCCACGUCUACUGGCACAAAGAUGGAGACCCACUGCCUCCAACAAGUGACCAUGGAGUCCAAACAAAAGAAAAACUAAGAGCCCUGGUUAUUGAACCGGCACAAGCGAAACACUCUGGGCUUGACAGCUGUGAGGAUGCAAAUGACCAUUUAGAAAUCAAGGUGGAUGUUGCAGGUGAUCUACAUACUUUGAGUUUUGAUAGAUUUACUAACUGUUAGUAAAUCUUUCUAUUCAAUUAGUGUAGGUUACAUUAUCUGUUAACAUUUAGAAACUAAUCUUAACUUGAGAAUUUUCUAACAAUAAGUAGUGUUUUGGCACAUUGUAACUGAGGGCUAGAGUUGGGUUAAGGGUUAGAGUGUAAGUUUAAAUAAAAAACACCAAUUCACAACCAAACACAAAAAGAAAAAACAAAAAAAGUUCAUCAGUCAUAAUUGUUAUAAUCCAAUUUAUUCUGUUAAAUUACUUCCAAGGCAUUUUUGUCUUUGGACUGAGCAGUCACAUGGUAAUGGUAGAGAGGAAAACAACUUCUAAAUGGUCGGGACAAAACCUCCAGCAGAACCAGUCUGAGAUAAGAGCUGUAACAGGAGUUUGAGAGGACAGAAAAUAUACACACAAAAAGAACAACUGACAAAUCGGCAGGUUGGUGAAAGGCAGUGCCCAAACUAUUGGGCUACAAUGUGGUUGAAAAGGGAAGAGGCCAGUGGAAAGAGAAGGAAAAAUUCUCACAGGAGUUUAGAAUCCCAAUGGGUCAUGGGUAAAUGGACACGAUGGCAUGGGGUCUGGAAGAGAUUAGUUUUUGUUUCAGGGGGAAAAUUUACAGAAGUAGAUUUGGUGUUAUUAAAAAAAAUAAAUAAAUAAAUGUAUAAAGUAAAUACUAGGGGUGAGUAUCAGCAAGAAUCUGAUGAUACGAUACAUACCGUGAUACACAGGUCACUACACGAUACACAAGACAGCACCAGACAUUAUUGCAGAUUUUCGGUUCAAUACUCAUCCUUAGUUAAACUGAGUACUACAUGUCUUAUUUUGUGAAUUGUCAUGUAGGAUGACUCUGGAGGUAAGGUUGAUAAAAAUAUGAAAAUGACAGACAUGAGGGCAAAGCAGAUGGAAAUGAUCAGCUUUCAUGAGUUCACACACUCUUAUGAAAAGGAUUUAGGUCUGGACGAAUUAAGGAAAACUACAGUCUAAUCUGGGAAAUGAGUAGUUUGGUAUUUUUUAUCCCCUGGGAAAAAAAAAA